AAACCAAAUAAAUUUGGUGGGUUUGCUACUAUCAUCACUGUAUUUAAUCCUUCACGGAAUGGAACAAAACCCUAAUAAGGGUUCUUGUAAGAACCAAUCGCCGCCGGAUUGAUCUCUAACAUCUUUCCUCUCUUUUUGUUUUCCUUUUUGAUCUUAGUGCACCAUUAUUCAACUCAGUGUAUCCUCUUCCCUUGCCGUACUUUUUAAUGUUAAUUUUGUUCUUCUAGAUAUAUAUAUAUAUAUAUAUAUAUAUAUAUAUAUAUAUAUAUAUAUAUAUUAUCACAUGGGAAAACAUACCUUAGGAAUUUGUUGUCAAUAAUUACGGAAACCAACUCUGAGAAACUUGGAUUAAAUUUUGCACUCUCGUUUAUUGAUUGAUAGUUUUGUUUCAGCUUCAGGAAUGACUUCGGUGCAGUUUUCAUGAGGAAAGCUUAAUCUUUUAUUUUAAUUUCUAGUAACUGCUAGUCAGAAAUUUCUCUGAAGUUGCAGAUAUGGGGUAUGGUCGUUUGGGCUCUUUGAUGGGAAAAGUUUGAAUCUUUGGGUUGUUUUUAGGAUUAGGGUUUGAUUUCUAGUGGAGGGUAGUGAUCAGUUUUAGCUACAAGAGUUGAUGAUUAGAGUGUGAUCAUCAAGUUGAGAUUUUGAAGAAUGUUGUCUGAAUUGGGAAGAAGACCGAUGCUUGGCAGUAACGAGGGUUCUUAUGGUGAAGAAUUGGAGAAGGAUAUAGGGAUGUUGCUUCGCGAGCAACGUCGAUUGGAGGCUGAUGAUCGCGAGCGAGAACUCAAUAUUUUUAGGAGUGGAUCAGCGCCUCCAACUGUGGAGGGUUCUUUGAAUGCAGUUGGAGGGUUGUUCGGCGGCGGAGGCGGAGGCGGUGCCUUUUCGGAGUUUCAGGGGACUAAAGAUGGGAAUGGGUUUGCUUCUGAGGAAGAGCUUAGGUCUGAUCCGGCUUAUCUUUCAUACUAUUACUCCAAUGUGAAUUUGAAUCCUCGGCUUCCACCUCCUUUGCUAUCCAAGGAGGAUUACAGGUUUCAACAAAGACUUAAAGGUGGAGCUUCGGUUUUGGGUGGAAUUGGAGAUAGGAGGAAAGUGAACAGGGCUGAUGAUAAUGGUGGUAGAUCAUUGUUUUCGACCCCGCCUGGUUUUAACAUGAGGAAGCAAGAGAGUGAGGUGGCUACUGAAAAAACAAGAGGCUCGGCUGAAUGGGGUGGUGAUGGACUGAUUGGUUUGCCUAGCCUAGGGCUUAGGAGCAAACAAAAGAGUCUUGCAGAAAUUUUCCAGGAUGAUAUGGGGCGUAAUACCUCUGUCACAGGCCUUCCUUCUCGUCCAGCCAGUCAAAAUGCAUUUGAUGAAAAUGUUGAUAUCUUAAGCUCUGCUGAAGCAGAGUUGGCUCAUGUGCUCCGUGAUCCCACAGCCACUGAUGCAUUAAGAUCAGGAUCAAAUAUUCAAGGAUUAUCUGCAGCCCAAACUAUUGGCCCGGCAGCUUCAUAUUCUUACGCUGCUGCGCUCGGAUCUUCCUUGUCAAGAAGCACCACUCCUGAUCCACAACUUGUUGCUAGGGCUCCCAGUCCUUGCCUCACACCUAUUGGUGGUGGGAGAGUGGUUGCUUCUGACAAGAGGGGUAUUGCCAGUCCCGAUGCAUUUAAUGGUGUUUCAUCUGGCAUCAAUGAGUCAGCAGAUCUUGUGGCUGCAUUGUCGGGUAUGAACUUGUCAGCGGAUGAUGUGUUAGGUGGUGAAAACCAUUUGCCAUCACAGGUUGAAUUAGACGUUGAUAAUCACCAGAGAUAUCUUUUUGGUAUGCGAGGUCAAGAUCAUGGCAAGCAACAUGCAUAUUUGAAGAAGUCUGAAUCAGGGCACUUACAAAAUUCAGGUAAGAGCAGCAGGAGUGGGUCAGACCUCAACAAUCUGUCCUUGGAUAGGCAGGUUGAGCUACAAAAGUCUACUGUUCCUUCCAAUAACUCAUAUUUCAAAGGAUCACCUACCUCCCAUUUUAGUGGAGGCAGUUUGCCAGCUCAGUACCAGCCUUUAGAUGGAACAAAUUCAUCAUUUACUAACUAUGGCUUGAGUGGGUAUGGUGGAAAUCCAGCAUUGGCAUCCUUGAUGACUAACCAACUCGGCACUGGUAAUCUGCCACCCCUUUUUGAAAAUGUUGCUGCAGCAUCAGCAAUGGUAGCCCCUGGAAUGGACUCAAGAAUUCUUGGAGGUGGUUUGGCUUCUGGAGCCGCUGCUCCAUCUGAUGCGCAUAGUCUUGGUAGGAUGGGAAAUCAAAUUGCAGGUGGCGCUCUUCAUUCUCCUUUUGUUGAUCCCAUGUAUCUUCAGUACUUGAGGACAUCUGAGUAUGCUGCAGCAGCACAACUUGCUGCUCUUAAUGACCCCUCUGUGGACAGGAACUACUUUGGUAAUUCGUACAUGAAUUUAGUUGAGCUUCAGAAAGCUUAUCUUGGGUCUAUCCUCUCACCUCAGAAGUCCCAAUACAAUGUACCACUGGGUGGUAAAUCAGGCAGCUCCAAUAAUCAUGGUUAUUAUGGAAACCCUGCAUAUGGUGUUGGAUUGUCUUACCCGGGAAGUCCAAUGGCAACCUCUGUUAUAUCCACUUCUCCAGUUGGAUCUGGAAGUCCUAUUAGGCACAAUGAACUGAAUAUGCGUUUUGCUUCUGGAAUGAGAAAUUUGGCUGGGGUCAUGGGACCGUGGCAUGUAGAUACUGGGAACAUGGAUGAAGGAUUUGCUUCUUCUCUGUUGGAAGAGUUCAAAAGCAAUAAAACAAAGUGUUUUGAGCUGUCUGAAAUUGCUGGUCAUGUUGUUGAAUUCAGUGCGGAUCAAUAUGGGAGCCGAUUUAUUCAACAAAAGCUUGAAACAGCAACUACAGAAGAAAAAAACAUGGUUUAUCAGGAAAUCAUGCCACAUGCUCUUGCUUUGAUGACUGAUGUCUUUGGUAAUUACGUGGUUCAAAAGUUUUUUGAGCAUGGACUUGUAUCCCAGAGAAGAGAAUUGGCCAACAAGCUUCUUGGCCAUGUUCUGACCCUUAGCCUUCAAAUGUAUGGUUGCCGGGUCAUCCAGAAGGCUAUCGAAGUUGUUGAUCUCGAUCAGAAGAUAGAGAUGGUUCAAGAACUUGAUGGUAAUAUCAUGCGCUGUGUCCGCGAUCAGAAUGGUAAUCAUGUCAUUCAGAAGUGUAUUGAAUGUGUCCCUGAAGAUGCAAUCCAUUUUAUUGUCUCAACAUUUUUUGAUCAAGUUGUGACACUCUCAACCCAUCCAUAUGGUUGCCGGGUCAUACAGAGAGUACUGGAGCACUGCAAAGACCCUACAACACAGCAGAAAGCGAUGGAUGAGAUUUUAGGAGCAGUUAGCAUGUUAGCUCAGGAUCAGUAUGGCAACUACGUAGUUCAGCAUGUAUUGGAACAUGGGAAGCCUCACGAGCGUUCUACUAUAAUAAAGGAAUUGGCAGGCAAGAUAGUUCAAAUGAGUCAACAGAAGUUUGCCUCCAAUGUUGUGGAGAAAUGUUUGACCUUUGGAGGUCCUUCUGAACGCCAAUUACUAGUGAAUGAGAUGCUUGGUUCCACAGAUGAAAAUGAACCUCUACAGGCGAUGAUGAAGGAUCAAUUUGCAAACUAUGUGGUACAAAAGGUGCUGGAAACUUGUGAUGACCAACAACGUGAGCUGAUUCUUUCCCGAAUUAAGGUUCAUUUGAAUGCAUUGAAAAAGUACACAUACGGAAAGCAUAUCGUCGCACGUGUAGAGAAACUUGUUGCUGCUGGAGAAAGGAGAAUUGCUGCUCAGUCUUCUCAACCUGCUUAGGUGGCAUAGAAAAAUAAUGUUGUUUGUACAGCUAACUGAGGAUAGUGUGAGCUUCUUCUUCUCCCUCUUUCUCUCCUACGUCAAGAGGUUAUGUUUACUAUCUAUCUCGAGAUAGGUAAUAGCCGUUUGGAAAUAAAGUUGUCGGUUGUAUUGCAGAACUGUACAUUUUGUAGCUUUGAGGUUUAUACAUAGAAAUUUAAGCGAAGAUGAGAGGUUCAGAUAUUGAAUACACCUGAUGCCCCCUGCAGAGGAGAUAAAAUGACUAUACAAGCCUUUUUAUGGUGUAAAGAUUAUAAAAUGGUGAGGUAGUUUCUAAGUUGACGCGACUGUACAAAAUGGAUGCAAUGUGGAGAGCUGUUCUUGUUUAGGCGAGGGCAGAUUUUUUUCUUUUCUUUUCUUUUUUAAUCUUGUAUGGUUAUUGACUCUUUCCCCCUUUUAAGAGUAUAAUUUUUGUUGAAGUUUUUCUUUUUUGUUAAGAGUAUAAUUCAUUUGUUUUGAAUCCAUGCCCUCUGUGUAACGC